GAGGGGAGGAACUUCCUUAGGCCCAAGGGUCAGAGAUACCAAAUCACAUAUAAAAUGUGUGUGGUAGAGGGCUGGAGAAGGACCCUCAGGAAAAUCUCCCCAGGAUCCUUCAGUCUCCAGGUUCUAAGCAACACCUGGCCAGCAAGCCGAAGCCAGAGAGGCAUCAAGUGAAGGUGAAGGCGCCAGAGCAGCACAGCCGGUUGGUGAGGCCAGUGGUGCUGGUGGCCAUAGUGGUGACCGCAGUGGCAGCCACCAGGAGGACCAUGGUAGCGGAGGCGGCGGCAGAGAGGAGGAAGGCUGAGGUGAAUGUGGCGGUGGCAGUGGCGGUGGUGGUAAUAGUAUUGGCGGCAUCGGUGCCAUGGCUUCCUUCGAGGCUUGCCAAGAAACCUCUCAAGGUGGAAGACGUCAUGAAGCUGCUGUGCCGCAUCGCUGAGGAGAGGGAAAAGGGGAGCUUGAAGCCAGCUGUGGGUGGAAUGAUCGGUCAUAUGGUUGGAGGUCGACAUGGAGCUACUGUUGGGGAGGCUAUUGGGGCUCUCUUAGGUACAUGGAUGGUAAGUGGAGAGUUCAAGCCGAUUCCUCAGACCAUAAUGGAGCUGCCGCCUGAUAAGAAGCAAAAGCUCUAUAAUAAAGCCAUGACCAUCCUCAAGGACCUGGAGUGGAGGGACACUGAAGACCUGACCACAUUGGUCAUGGGCAGUGCGGACCUGAAAAAGGAGCUGCUGGCCAUUCUGGAAAAGUGCCUCAAAGGCUGAAGUCCAGUACAUUGAUUUCAAAGCUAUUUCUAGAAAGCAGGGGUCUCAUUUAGAUGAUUCUCCACAGGGUGGUGGGCCAUUAAUAUGGUUUUCCUAACUCAUAGAGGUGAUUGGGAGUUAGGGGAAGCCUCACCCAUUCAUUGCUCAUGGGUUGGGUCCAACUCUCCCAGACCCAGGGAACACGGGGUCCUAGUCAGUGGUCCUGCCCUGAUGGUCACUGAAGUCCUUCCCUUGGCCGGCCUGCCUUCAUUCCUGGGAAAAAACCUGACCAACUCUGGGCAGUUUUGGGUCAGAUGGAGCAGAUCUUGCUGAGUGAAGUCAGUGUGGACUAGCUGGGUUCUGGGGUGACUGUAAUGGGUGCUGGGCCUGAGAGGACAGGCUGGACCUCAAGUCCGGUCUCCCCCAGGUGGUGAAAACCCUUUCCUGGC